AUGCUCAGAAAAGCCUCCCAGCUCUCGACUCUAUGCGACGUCCAACUCUGCGUCCUCUAUUACGGCCGUGACGGGGAACUCAUCAAGACAUGGCCCGAGGAUCAAUCCAAGGUCAGAGACAUGGCCGAGAGGUUUAGCAAACUAAGCCACAACGAAAAACGCAAGAAAAGCACCAACCUCUCUCAGUUUCUUAACAAGAAGCUCAACGAGGAGAGGAAGAGAUCUCUGGAGAAAAACGACAAUAAAUUCUCAGAGAAAGUCUUAGAGUUGGAGCAUUCCUUGGAGAGUCGCUUACGGAUAUUCCAAGACAAGCGUCGGCUUCUUCAGACCGAGCCCGAUCAGAUUCAGAGCCUUGCGGUUUCAUACGACUGUGUUGUUGCAUCAAGGUCGACCGAACAAAAUCAGAAUUCUCCAGGCUCGGAUUUAUCUCCUUCACUGAUCAAUGAUCCUUUGAUGUUUGACGAUCAGAGUCUUGCGGCUUCAUCCGGCUGCACAACACAUUUAUCUCCAUCGCUAAAUCAAUAA